GACUGGUCUCAACUUUUGGAAAGUGAAUAACACCAAAUCAAAUCAACAUGCCACCAUCCGAUCCUAGUACCAUCACUGAUCCACGAUUCAAUAGUCUCUACACUGACCCACGUUUCCUAAGGCCCAGUAAACGUGCUAAGACUAAAGCCUUGGAUGAUGAUCGAUUUCAGCCUGUUGCCAAACCAUCCAAGCAAUCAACUUCAGGUGGAUCAGGUCUCAAGCAAAAAUCGAAGAAACCAGUUUCGAAAUUGAAAAGCAACUUUGUGGAUCUGGCACGUGGUCAGGUUUUACUUGAGAGUUCUGAUGAAGAAGACAGUAGUGAAGAAGAGCAGGACAGGAAUUAUUUCGAAUCAUCUCAAUCAGAGUCAGAUGAAGAGGACGAUCUUGAACUUGAACUUGGUGGAGCUUCUCACCAACGAAGGCGUACUCGAGGAGAUGAACAGUCUGAUUUCUAUGUUGAUCUCGAUGAAUCAAAACUUGAAGAACUACCCGAAGCCGAGAAUUCUGAAAACCAAAUUAAGCCUACCAAAAGGAUUGCGGUUGUAAAUUUAGAUUGGGAUCAUGUCAAGCCAAUCGAUCUUUUCAAAGUCUUUUCAUCUCUCCUUUCUCUCACUGCUCCGGCUCGAUCUACUCUACGUUCAGAAUCAAAUUUAUCAGAAAAGGGAGAUAAAACACAUGUGAUAGUAAAAGGACAAGUCAUCAAAGUUUCAAUCUUCAAAAGUCAAUUUGGAAAGGAGCAAAUGAGUAAGGAAGACGUCGAAGGACCGCCACGAGAGUUAUUCAAAGACGGUUCUCGUACUACGGCUGGUCUCGAAAAUUCAGAGGAUGAGAACUCAGACGAUGAAUUGGCCUUUGAGGACGAAGGUGCUGAGCUUGAUGAGGAAGCUCUCAGACGAUACCAAUUGAAUCGCCUUCGAUACUUUUAUGCGGUAGUCGAACUUGACUCUGUUGAUGCUGCUGCACAUGUUUAUGAAGAAAUUGAGGGCACCGAGUUUGAGAGAACCGCCAACGUUUUUGACUUGAGUUAUGUUCCCGAAGACAUGGUGUUCGAGGAAGGUGACUUACACGAUGAAUGUAAAGAGGAUUCAACAAACUAUAAAGGUGUUGACUAUGCGACUGACGCUUUACGACACUCCAAAGUUAAGCUGACAUGGGAUGCAGAAGAUCCACACCGGACAAAGGUCACGCGGCGCAAUACUCAAAAGAUGACUCGAGAAGAACUGGACGAAUUAGACUUCAGAGCAUAUGUAGCCCCUCCCUCAAGCGACGAGGACAAUUCUUCUGAACACUCAGCUGACCUCAAACCGAAAAAAGGCUCUAAUCGAUCUAAACUGAGAGAUCUUCUUGGGCUGAGCGAUCUAGGGACAUCUAAAGCAAAUGAGACUCAGGAGCUCGACAUCACUUUCGUUCCUGCGUUCAGCCAGAAGGAAGCUGUAAUUUCUGAAAGCAAUAUUGAAUCGACCCGUCCGAAGAAGUUGCGCAAAUCAGACUCUGUAAUCGCGCCUCACGUCGAUCGGGACAACGAGUCCGGUUCACAACAACUUGAUGACUCGGAGAAGCCUCUAAAGAAAUCCAAAAAGGGUGCCAAAGAGAAAAAGAACAGGACCAAGAUUACGAAUGAUGACGAAGACGACGACAAUAAAACGAAGACGAGUGGAGCAGCCGAGCUUGAAUUACUCUUUGAUGUCAAUGAGGAAGCAGAUCCUACUCGAGCUCAUUUUGAUAUCAAUCAAAUUGUCAAGGCUGAAAAGUUGAAAGGACGUUCCAAAUUAUUGAAGAAGAUGAAGCGCAGUGAGCAAGAGGCUUUACCGGCGGAUCAUUUCGAUAUCAACACUGCAGACGAACGAUUUGCGAUGGUCUACAACGAUCACGAGUUUGCUAUUGACCCAUCUAAUCCUCAGUACAAGAAAACCAAAAACAUGUCAAAACUCUUGCAAGUUGCACGAUCCCAAAGAGAACGCAAGAGUGAUAGCGCCGGAACUGCCGGAGGCCAGCCUCCGUCAGGUUCUACUAAAGACAAAACCGAUCCGCACGAUCGCGGUGACGAUGGGUUGGGUGCCCUAGUGGCAAGUCUCAAGAAGCAGUCCACUAGCCAAAACAAGCGUAAAAGGUGAUUUUUGAUGACUGUGGGGUACUCAUUAUAAAUUAUAUCACAGAUCUUGUACUGGUUAGAUUACAAUUGUUUUUACAUUGAUGGUAUAUGCAUGAUUGUCGUC